AUGUCGCCUGUCAAGCGCAAAGCCACUGUAACUUCAAGAGACUCUAAACGUCCCAAGAACGGGGACGUGCAGAAGGAAGCUGUAGCUGUCGCAAAGACUCUGUUUGGUAUCACGGAUAUUGUGUCCCAGCUAUUUUCGUUCUUGGAUACGAGAUCCUUGCUCAAGUUUUCCUGUUUGAACAAAGAGUUCAUGUCAUUGCUCACGUAUCACCAUGUUGUCCGGGCUGCAAUGAUGCAAGGAGGUUUCGGGGCGCAGUCUCUUGAACGUUUGGUUCGGAUACUGGAGUGUUUUGACAUUUGGGUGCCUUCGCCUACCAGGCUGCUCCGUAUUGUUUGUGGAAAGCGUUGCGAGAAGUGCUUUGACUCAACUCGCUAUGUAUCUGCAUCGUUUGGCGUCUUUCUUUGCGACAACUGUAUUGUGACUUGCACGACGCCUGUGGAUCAUGGAAACAAGACCAUUGUAGCACAUAAAAAAGCCCCAUUUGUGUGCUAUGGCCCGCGAAAAGGUCCAUGGGCAAGAAAGAAGUAUUUCAUCAAGAGUCCCAUGAUGGACCGGAGUGGAGAAGAGGUUGGGCCGCUGAUCACCUUUCAAAACAUUGCGGAAAUGAUCGCUGACAACACGCCAGGACUUACUCCAGAGGAGAAAGUCAUCGACCACAUGGUUGAAUGCCUACAUCGUCGGCCUGAUAUGAUGGAUGGAGAGAAGGCAAUUUUAUCAGCAGUCAAAGAAAACAAAGAAGAGGCCGAAGCACGAAAGGCUGCUGCCCGCGAAAGCAAAGCGAACGGACAGAAGCGAUUCGGGGAGGUACGCAAGCAACGAGUAGAUAAGCUGCUCGAUCAUCUGCAUGGUCUUGUGGGAGAUGAAGUUGCGUGGAAGUCCAAACUGGAUGAGAGAACGCAUCUUCUGAAAGCUCCCAGCAAGGUAACCAGAAAGCGCCUCCGUGAAAUUCCCGGAGAGAUCCAAAAUGCAUUCGAUAACCGAGCAUUGAUGGACCACUAUAUUCAAAGAAUGGUGAAUUUUGCAGAUCAUCCAGAGGCAAGACGCGUCCUCGAUCACGAUUGGAUUUUGGACCAGUUUUGGUACAGGUUUCGCAGACUCCACGUCCACCAUGUCCUUGGCGAACCAUUGAAGAAUCCACGUGCAUUGAAUGAAGAAGACCUGGUAAGGCUCUGCGUUGAAGUCAAGAAAUUGGUCCACAGAAGAGAGGCAUGCGACGUGGUUUUGGAAAAGCUUGUCGCGAAACUCGAUGGGGUUCCGUUCAAGGAGGAGCUUGAGCAGAAUUCUUGGGGGGCCAACAAGUGGGCUUAUUCUUUCAAUAAGGCAUACAUUCACUGUAUUUUGGCAGAACCCCUUCUUGACCCCGCUUUGAUUACCAAUGAAAAGCUGGAUGAGCUGGCAGAAAAAGUCCGAUCCCUUCUGGAACGGAAACAUGAGGUUCAUCGCAAGGUGGAGCUUUUGGUGCAACCUACCAGAAAGUAUGUGGAAUGGACGCAUCAUCUCGAUGGUUGGCGCUGGAACAGGGUUAACAACGAAGUUUUCUUUUCUCUUCAGGGUGUGAGCAACGAAAAAGCUCGUCUACUAUUGGAAAAAAAAUCGCUGAUCUUCUAA